UGCUGAACUAGUGUAAUAAGUUAGAGUGAAAAAAGUAUAGUUAUCUCAUUUUUGAGCAGUCUCAUCUUGUAGCAGCGAAUGAUUGAUAUUUUUUACUGGUGUGGAGGAUAGGAGUUUCAUCUCAUCGUGUGUCUGUCAACUGUGUUGUUAUGUUGACGUCUUUACGUCGAGCUUGCGGGCUCUUUGCUCAGAAAAAUAUUAGAGCAGUACAAACAACAGCAAAUUGUGCAUCUGACCAGCUAUUUAUUCAUAGAGAUAGUGAACAUGACAACCCAAAUAUACCAUUUGAAUUCAAUGAGGCCAAUAAGAAACGUAUAAAAGCACUCCUUGCAAUUUAUCCUGAAGGUCAUAAACGUGGUGCUAUGAUACCACUGUUGGACUUGGCACAACGGCAGCAUGGUUGGCUACCAAUCUCUGCCAUGCAUAAAGUUGCGGAGAUAUUGGAUCUUCCACGCAUGAGAGUAUAUGAAGUAGCUACAUUCUAUACAAUGUUUAAUCGGAGACCCAUGGGAAAAUAUCAUGUACAGAUCUGUACUUGUACUCCAUGCUGGUUGCGUGAUUCCGACUCAAUAGUAGAAGCUGUGACAAAGGCUACAAACUGUGAGAUUGGUGCUACUUCUGCUGACAAAUUAUUCACAAUAUCUGAAGUAGAAUGUCUUGGUGCUUGUGCCAAUGCCCCUAUGUUCCAAGUGAAUGAUGAUUAUUAUGAGGAUCUGACUCCAGAAAGUGCAACAGUUAUAAUAAACGCUUUUAAGAAAGGAGAGAGACCUCCAGCAGGCCCACAAAACUCUACUAGAUUUGCAGCUGAUCCUGCUGGUGGUUUAACAUCAUUAACAACUCCACCACCAGGCCCUGGAUUUGGUAUUAGAUCGGAUUUGUAAAAUUUAUUUUCGAUAAGAUUGUAGUAUAAACAUUAAUGAAUGUAAGACAGAUGCUAUAAUAAACAUAGUAAGAUAGUGGAUCAUGCA